GGGGGCUGUCGUUGCUGUUGGGACCGCUUGUUCUUCGUGUUGUUGGUGUUGGUGUUGGAAGUCGCAUUUCUGUAAAUGGACACCGGAUUGCUGCUGCUGGACUCCGCUGAUGAGCCGCUGGACGGCUUCAGCGCCCGCCAUCUCGUGCUGCGCGUGCAGAGCAAGUUGCAGGGCAAGUGCGGCGGGGGGAGCGGGGGGCGGGGGGGGCCCCCCUCCCCCUCCUCUGCCCCCCCCCUCGUGGACGAGACUGCGGCCGCGGCUCUGGACGCGCUGUACCGCGUGGCGCGGGACACCUCGGGCAGCCAGAAGCGAGCGCAGCGGCUGCUCAAAGACCUCGUCAAGCUAAUGGUCACGGUAGGCCUGCUGUCCCGGAGCGGGCGACUCGCCGAGACGCCCGAGGCCGCGGCCGAGGUCCAGCGGCUCAAGGGUCACGUGAGGCGAGCCGCCAUGACGGCACUCAGCUUCUACCAGGUGGACUUCACGUUCGAGCGCGAGGUGCUGGCCGCGCUGCUGGCGCCCUGCGCCGCCUCGCUGGGGGCCCUGCUGCCGGCGGGCCACGGCGGCCGCGUGGCCCGCGCCUUCCGCGCCCUCGCCGCUCCCGAGCUGCUGGCCGCGCUCUACGACCCCAGCGGCGCACACCGGCGCGGCCUCGCCAAGAUGUGCGAGGCCAUCGACGGCCUGCUCGACCGCGGGAUCCUGUGACCGGCCGCCCCCCCCCCGACCCCCCGACGCCGUGCCACCGAAGGCCUCGGCCUCGUGUCAUCGACGGACUGCUGGACCUUCGGACUGUAUGACCCCCCCCCCAUCGAAGACCUGCUGGAUCACGUGACCACCGUGCCAUCGAAAGCCUGCUGGAUCAAGACCCCGCCUGACCCCCGUACCAUCGAAGGCCUACUGGAUCACGUGACCCCUGUACCAUCGAAGGCCUGCUGGAUCACGUGACCCCCGUGACAUCGAAGGCCUGCUGGAUCACGUGACCCCUGUACCAUGAAAGGUCCGCUGGACCAUGACCCCGCGUGACCCCCGUGCCAUCGAAGGCCCGCUGGACCAUGACCCCGCUUGACCCCUGUACCAUCGAAGGCCCGCUGGACAGCCUUGCUAAGCUCCACAGGGGGGCACCCUGUACAUGCCACGUGUGUACAUGAGAACACUGUGUGUGUGUGUCUGUGCGUGUGUGUGUGUGGGGAGCGGUAGUGUAGUGGUUAGCGCGCUGCGCCACGAACCCGGCGACCCGAGUUCAAUUCCCGCUCACGGCCACCACCAGCACCGGUGGCGAUGAUUCCGAACCGGUCCUGGGCCUCCCCUAGGCCGACCCAGCCCCAAAUGAGUACCUGGCACGGUGUGUAGACAAACAUCGCCACUGGGGGAGACAAAGGCGGUCGGGCGUGGUGCCGACCCCACCCCCCACCCCCCUCGUGUGACGUGCCGGUCUUUAGCAGGUGCUCGCCCAAGGCACUCGCCCCUAAAGUAUUUUGAAGCUAUCUUUGUCUUUGUGUGUGUGCGUGUCUGUUUGGCCGGAUCGAGGGGGCUAAACGGGCGCGGCACGGGCUAAAGAAGAGAUGGAGUGACGUGGUACAGGAGGACGUGGAGCUGAGUGGACUUGCCGAUGACUGGUACCAGCGGUGUCAAGAUCGGCCUCUGUGGAGGAGGCUCGUGAAGGACGCUGCUGGGCAGUUGGAGGCAGUCGCCCUCCAACAACAAUGGAGGGCGGAGGAGCGACGCUCACAACAACGAGCGGAGCGCCGGGUGGCUAAAGCACAGCAAGUUGGCACAGUAGGGGACACAGGUGGUGCAUCAGCCAGUCGUCUCGGUCAUCUCAGUCAGUCGACCCGUGGCACCUGCUGGGUCUGUCCCGUGACCUCCUGCCAGCGGGCGUUCGACACUUCACGUAGCAACCUCAAGGUGCACAUGGCCUGGCACAAGCGUCGCGGUGACGUCACCGCCACCGAGUGGCGAAUGGCGGUUGUUGUUGUGUCUGGAGGCAAGUUGCUAGAAGACGAAUGCGGGGUGGGCGGGCGGCGGGCGGCGUUACCGUCAAUUUGUUAUUGCGAUUUAUUUAGGCCAUCAGGAAGAGCCCACACCUCGCGUGCGUGCGUGGUGAAGGGAGGGGGAGAAAAACAACAACGCGAAUGACCCCCGGCAACACGCGGCCGACGCCGCUCGCGAGAUGGGCACGCGGACUUGGGAUGAACGCGUCGAUCGCUUCGCCGAAGGCGGCCGCAGCAGCCGCGGAUACCAACGGUUUGCGUCUCCCAAACCCACACCCCUCCAAGCUCUGCGGUCCCCUACGUACGGAAGGUGUCCACGGCCCGGUUAACGACGAGUGUUGUUUAAUUCUAGAUUUGAAGCUUUCGUGACUGCAAGGAUUCACACUCUUAGUUCUUUCGGUAAAGUCACGUGGGUAAAAAAUGAAAUUAAAAUUUAUAAAAAUAAAAUAAUAAUAAUUCACGACGUUUCGGAGGCAACACAAGUCUCCGUCAUCAGGUGGGACCGUCACAGCGCAAUUUGCUGCAUCAACUGAGUGUUGUUUACGCACGUGGCAGAGGAGGAAACCGGUGCAACCCGGAGAAAAUCCACGAGCGAGUGAGUAAAAAAACCCGUAAAAACAAA